CCGCCCGACCGUCGCUCCGCAUUCCGCGUUCUACGCUCGACGCUAACGCACGCUUACUCACUACACACAAAUGUCCAACAUGUCUUACGAGAUCGCGUAUUCGCUCGCAGACGACGGCCCGCAGCCCGUCUCGCGAACUUACCAAUAUCGCAAAGUGAUGAAACCGAUGCUUGAGCGCAAGAGACGUGCUCGCAUCAAUCGCUGCCUCGACGAACUCAAGGAGCUGAUGGUCAGUGCUCUCCAGUCGGAGGGUGAGAAUGUGGCCAAGCUGGAGAAAGCUGAUAUCUUGGAGUUGACCGUCCGCCACUUGCACAAGCUUCGCCGCCAGAGGAGACUAUCCCUGAACCCGACCGUGGAUGCCGACCGGUUCAGAGCUGGAUUCACCCACGCCGCCAACGAAGUGUCUAGAUGUUUGGCUUCAAUUCCCGGAGUGGAUGUGAGGUUGGGAACCCAGCUGAUGACCCACCUUGGACAUCGCCUGAACGACAUGCAGCGCGCGGCGGCCGGCGCUGACACCCCACCAGCCAGCCCGCCCAGCCCGGCGCUGUCCACAGCCUCCUCGUCGUCCGGCUACGUGACCCCGUCGCCGCCGGCGUCACCCCUGCCCAUGCACACCGCCACUCCCCUGGACUGCACCACCACCAGCUUGAGCAAGGGCCCGGCGGUGUGGCGCCCCUGGUAAGGCAGCAGGCCUGCAGGACGGGCGGGCCCGGCUCCACGGUCACAUCUGUUCCAGCACCGUUCGGAGUCGCACACGCCCUCACAAGUGUCCGCCCCGCUCCAACAAGUGUUAUCAUUUGCUCACGUGAAGAAAAUUAGAGAAGUCUAGAUCUCACAAUUUAAUUAGUGUUAAAAACCUAGAUGUAAGUUCAACUUGAAAGCUUUAAAUGUAGUCGAUAAGUGUAUUGUGAUAUUAAAGAGUAAUAUUAUUGUAAGAGUAAAAGAUGUUGUAUCGAACCUUGAAACUUUAAAGUUGGUUCAGAUUGUUAUUUUUUAUCGUUGAAAAGAUUUCACAGAUUUGUGAACAAAUUACAAAAGAGUAACUUAAUAAAAAAAUAUUAUCUCUAAUCAUA